AUGGAGAAAAAGGGGGCCAUGGACUCAGUCCAACUGUCGGGGUUUGCCGUGAAGGGACCCUUGGAGCCUGUUGUAGCCCUGCUCGGCGGUGACGCCACUCUGCCUUGCCAACUGUCCCCUGAGCAGAGUGCAACCCACAUGGACAUCCGGUGGUAUCGAGCCCAACUCUCCCCGGCUGUGCUCGUGUACCAGAACGGACAGGAACAAGGUGGUGAGCAGAUGCUGGAGUACCGCGGCAGGACAGAGUUGGCUCAAGACACCAUAGGCACGGGGAGUGUGUCGCUGCUGAUAGAGCAGAUCCGGGCCUCUGAUAAUGGCCAGUACCGGUGUCUUUUUAAGGAUGGUGACAUCUCCCAAGAAGCCAUUGUGGAGCUGAACGUUAUAGGCUUGGGCUCUGCCCCUCAUGUACACAUGACGGGGCUUGAGAAUGGUGGGAUCAGAGUGCUGUGUUCCUCAGGCGGCUGGUUCCCAAAACCCAAGGUGCAGUGGGAAGACAUGACGGGAGUGAAGCUACCAUCCCUCUCGGAGUACCAGACUCAAGAUGGAGAUGGACUUUUCCAUGUGGAGGCAUCUCUUGUGGUCACAGACAGCAGCAUGGGCAAUGUGACCUGCUCCAUCCAGAAUCCUCUCUCUGGCCAAGAGAAAGUAUCAGCCAUCUUUCUCCCAGAGCCUUUCUUCCCCAGGAUGUCUCCAUGGAAGGCAGCCCUGGCUGGGACACUCCCUGUGCUGGGGCUUCUCCUCAUUGGGACCAGCUACAUUGGAUGGAGAGAACAUCAAGCCAAACACAGAGAAAUAAAGAAAAGGAAACAAGAAGCUGCAGAAAGAGAUCAAGUGAAGAAUGAGAAGAGAAUUGCACUUGUGGCCAAAGAGACCCUGGAGGCAGAUCUUGUACGGCGAAAGGCCUUAUACAAUGAAGACUGGAAAAAGGCCCAGCUUUAUCCUGACUGGAGGAAAGAACAGUUUCAGCCUGCCCUUGUGACUUUGAAACAUGAAAACUUUCAUCAGAACAAUUCAGACCCAGAGGAAAAAGAGAACUGUAGCAAGGAAACACAUGAUAUAUCUCUCAGUAAUAAGAAAGGAGAUGGCAACCUUAUUAUACUUAAUCAGAAAAGCUUUACUUCAGGAAGAUAUUUUUGGGAAGUGGACACUGGAGACACUGAUGAGUGGGCUCUUGGCAUUUAUGAGGUACACAUAAGUGACAAUGAAUUACCAAAAGAUGUACCACUAAAGAAAUUCAGAGUCUUAGAGAAAAAGGGAUGUAACUACAGGGCUCUCACUUGUGGUCCCAAAGUCAUUUCCCAAGAAGUGCCAGUCUUGAUAGAGAAAUUUCCACAAAAGAUUGUGAUUUUCUUGGAUUAUGAGGAUAGUGACAUCUCAUUCUAUGACAUGACUGAGGGUACCCACAUCUUCUCCUUCACCCAGGUGAGCUUCUCUGGGUCACUCUAUCCUUACUUCAAACAUAACCCUAUGGAGCUCUCAUCAUCUGCACAAUGUUAA